AUGUCGCCCAAUCUCUCCGCCCUCACCUUCGCCAGCAAUGCCACUGUUGUCUCCGAGCACAGCCCCGACGAGUACGAGAGGACGUCCUAUUAUAACGGCAUCACUGGGGGCAGCGACCACCCAGAACUCGUGUACCGUUCGGACUUCCUCACCACGCUCUUCCCCAAGCCCGUCGGCAGAUACGCCCAUAUCCCCGUCAAGUCGCUCCGCGGAGUCUUCGACACCCCGCUCAAUAGUAUCUGGGACACUGUCGGUCCCCAGAUUCGUGACCUGAUCAAGGCCCGUGAGAUCCACUGGUCGUCCGAGGCGAAGGGGAGUCUCGGUCCCGUCGUCAUCUGGGUCGGCGUCAUUCCCAGUUCUACCUCCGCUGAUACUGCCAGUGCCCACGAGGUCUCCCAAGAUAUCCUUGCUCUCCUGCUGAAGAACGGAGUCGAGGGCGCUGUUGUGGAAUGGCGCGAAGCGGUCCCGCACAGGUUGGCACUGGCAGGCCUCCCCCUUAUACGCCAUGUCGGCAGCAACAAUUCCACCCACUAUGUACGUCGCUUCCUCACUGCUCUUCUCGGUGUUCCCCUUGCAGCCGAAGAAAAGCAGGAGGAAGACGCCCGGGGCACUCUUACGCUCUGGUUCCACGAGAACAAAGACAAGGACGGCAACCCCAGCAACAAGGUUUACGGAGUCAGCAACUGCCACGUCCUGCGCAAGAACACCACCGUCGAUUACGAGCACAGAGAUGGCGCACGCAUGAACCACGUUCGAGUUAGUGGACUGCAUCGAUUCCAGCGCGGUAUCGACGAUAUCACGAAGGCUGUUGCUGAUCACGGCAUUCUCGCUGACCUUUGUGCCCGAGAGAUCGUCAAACGGCAGGUAACGGAGAGGCAGGACCCGGAGAACGCGAGAGAGAUCCAACGGAUUCGGCGCAAAUUGGAUGACGAGCAUGAAGCUAUUGCCGAUCUCGAGGCCCUCUGCGCCGAAGCCACCGAAUACUGGUCGGAUAUCAAGCUCCACCGCACCAUCGGGCACGCGAAGGUCAAGGAUGAAUUCGAAGGCAACGUCAUUGAUCUCGGAUCCAAGUAUUCUCCCCCAGACCUUAGAGAUAUGUUCUAUCCGCUGGGUGGUGGUCCGACCACGUUCAAGUUUCCCGAGGACAGAAGGCUCCGGCUCGAGGGCUGCGUCACGAAAGAGGACCUCGCCAACCCUGCCGCAUUCGACAGUGACGGCCAGCGCUGCCUUAUCGUCGGCAAAGACGGCAACACCACCGACCUCACCGUCGGACGCUACGCCGGCCUGGUUUCAUUCGUUCGCAACGAAGUCGGCCUCGAGUCCGUCGAGCUCGGUAUCUACAACUCGGGUGUCAAGAUCGCUGAAGUCUUCUCCGCUAAGGGAGACUCGGGCUCCCUCGUCUGGCACACAACGGACGGUAAAGCUCGCAUCGUUGGCCAACUCCACUCUGGACACAAUAAAGGCGGAUCGACUAGCAACCAUGUUACGUACUGCACCCCUGGCUGGUACUUGCUGGACCAGAUCAAGAAGACAUUCAAGUACGCCGACUUCUACGGCACCACCUGGGCAGCGGGCGAACAGCUACUACGCGGUCACGAGAUUCAGAUAAACGCGUAA